CAUGUCUUGAAACUGAAUUCAAUCCAAUUUGUUCAUCAGAUGUCACUUUAUCUCAAUAUCCGACUUUUUAGCAGUUUAGUCAGAUAUAUAAUCCGUAUCCGGUCCAUACCCCGACCACGCAAACCUAGCCAAAAGUGGUGAUCUAAAUCUGCGAGCUUGGGGAGUACGGAAGAAAACUCAGAAAGCCGUCAUGGCAAUUCCCUUCUCUCUCGCGGCAUCUGUUCUCCUUCUGAUACUUUCAUUAUCGCCAUCAUCUUCAUCUUCAUCCUCAAUGCUUGCUCAAGGCAGCGCGACAAGUCGGCGUCAGCUUCGGACUUUUAAGGAGCUGAGAGGAAACACCACCUUUGAGUGCUUUCCGUCUGGUCCUUGUGUUGCCUGUCACUAUUCCGAGAAGGACUUACAAACUGGGAAGAUGAUUGGCGGUGGCCAUGAACACGAGGGGCUUUAUUUCCUUUCUGUCCCUGUAGAUGUUGCUGCAUCCUCUUUCACAUCGAAGCCUUCUCCUUUGCAGUGGCAUCUCAGACUGGGUCAUCCAUCCGUGUCCAAGUUUCGUCGCAUCUUUUCAGAUAUUUCUGCAUCAAAGUCUUUCUUAUGUGAUGCAUGCCAUUUAGGCAAGCAUACACGUAGUAGUUUCCCUUCGAGUCAGAGUCCAUCGAGUCAAAGUCCGUUUGAUCUUUUUUAUGUUGAUGUUUGGUUCCAAGUAAAGUUUUCUUUCGUUCACGCUUCUGAUAUUACUUUGUUCUGGUUGAUGAUUUCACUAGAGUCAAUUGGGUAUUUUUGUUACGGGACAGGUCUAAAGUCAUUUGUAUCCUUCAAAAAUUUGUCAAUGAUAUAAAAACUCAGUUUGGUGUUACUGUAAAAAAUAUUCUUACUGAUAAUGCUCUUGAAUUUAAAUCUUCAGUUCUACUUCAAUUUUAUGCCAAUCAUGGGAUUCGACCAUAAUAUACAUGUCCCCACACAUCCCAACAAAAUGGUGUUGCUGAACGCAAACAUCGACAGCUUCUAAAUGUGGUCCGCACCCUCAUGUUGCAUACUCAUAUGCCUGCCUACUUUUGGGGUGAUGCCAUUCUUACCGCUUGCUACCUCACCAAUAGAUUGCCCUCGUUUGCCAUUCAAGAACGCAUCCCCAUUCAAAUACUAUAUCCGGAUCGACCAUUAUUUCAUAUACCUCCCAAAGUAUUUGGAUGCACUUGCUUUGCACAUAUCUUGAGCCCAAACAAAAACAAACUUGCUGCCCAAGCUGUCAAAUGUGUGUUCAUUGGAUAUUCUGCCAAUCAAAAAGGCUAUCGUUGCUUUGAUCCCCAUAACAAGAAAGAGAUUGUCAGUGCGGACGUUACAUUCUUUGAGUUUCGUCCUUAUUUUUUCGCUCCAAGUACCACUGUGUCUGAGCUUCCCGUGUCUGUUCCUCUUCCUAUUCCCUCGGUAUCACUUGAGUCUAUCCCGUCCUCUUAGCCACUGUUAGGUGAUCGUUUUCUUGAUCCUCCACUAGUCUAUACUCAGCGUCAAGGUCCCUCUUCAAACCGCCCACCAGAAUCUUCUCAUGAGGUAAGUUCUUAUGAUAAGACUAACUCAGGAAGGAAUGAUGACUAUUCUGUAGAUGAUCUACCUAUUGCUAUUCACAAGGGCCAACGACAGUGCACAAGGCAUCCGAUUUCUAACUCGGUUUCUAUGGACCAUUUGAGCACAAUUUUGGUGCAGUUUGAUCGAGCUAUGGCUAGUCACACUAUUCUAAUCUCUCACCACCAAGCAUUAUUAGAUUCACGAUGGAAGCAUGCUAUGUAGGAGGAAAUGGAUGCUCUUCUUUCUAGGGAGACUUGGGACUUGGU